UGAGUUGGACAUUACCGUUGGUGAUACCAGUGAAUUUUGUACUGACAUUGCAGCCGAACCAAAACAAACUCCGCCACCUACACCCGGAUCCGCACUGCAACCAACGUUAAUUAUAGAAGUAGCAAGAACCGAGUCUCUCAACAGUUUGAAUAGUCUGACGGUAGAUUACUUUUCAGCUAAUGCACAGACCAAUCUUACUCAAGUCCCAAAUCCGGCACUAAAUGGUCCAAACCCACCACCAAAUACAUCACCCAUGAUAACAUUGGCAAACACGACACCAAAUCUUGCAAUUUCUUUCGGAACAGCACCACUAAAUAAGAAAUCAAUAGCUUUUGUUAACAAUACUGGUAUAUCGGCUGGUAGGUUAACUGGCUUCUUACAAAGCACCGAUAUCGCCUGUACAGCAGCUGGUAUGCCAAAUUACCAAAUAACUAUCCCCGCGAACUUACUUUUCAUGCCCGGAGUUGUUCCUGCUGGAGUGCCAAAUAAUUUUACCAUAGACCUAUGGGAGGUACAGCAACAAGCUUUGUAUCGUCUGGUGUGUAUUGCUUUCACGCAAAUUGGCAACUUCAAACAAUGA